UGCCUGUAGAAUGAUGCAUGGGCAUGGCCACCCUCACCCUAGCCUGCCACCGCUAAACUAACUCAACAAGACACACCAGCUCCCGUCCGAAGGAGGGAGAUCGAGGGAGCGAGCGAUGGCUGAGCUCGCGUCGGGCGCCGUGACCUCCUUGCUGGGAGUCAUCCGGAACGAGACGCGGCUGCUGGGCGGCGUCCGGGACGACGUGCAAUUCAUCAAGGAGGAGAUGGAGAGCAUGAACAGCUUCCUGCUGCACUUGGCCCGGACGGUGCCCCCCCGCGGCGAGCACGACGAGCAGGUCCGCACGUGGAUGAACCAGGUCCGGCUGCUCGCCCAGGACUCCAACAACUGCAUCGACCACUACCUGUACCGCGGCAACCCCGACAUCCACCGCGCCAGGGGCGGCCUCCGGCGCUUCGUCUGGUGGCUUCCCUGGUUCCUGCGGAAGAUGAUCGCGCAGCACCGCGCGGCCGUCCAGCUUGCAGUGCUCAAGGACCGGGCACGCGACGUCGGCGAGCGGCGGUUGAGAUACGGCGUGGAGGUCCCGGCGAAGGCAGCAGGGCAGUCGCUUCCUGGGGCUGGGCCCACGGCGGCGGCACCUGCUGCAGCAGGCGGCGAAGCUGCAGGAGACGAUGAAGACGAAGACGGUGACGAUCAACUGGUGGUGGCAACGGCGACCCAUCAUUCUGGUCCAAGAGGAGCCCUUUUUGGGCUUCGCGUUCUGGAGGUCGACUACUUCAACGAGAAACUAGCCGACUGGAUACAGGGUGCAGAGCAAGCCAACACCGGAAGGCCGGGAUCAACAAUGCCAUCCAUCGCCAUUGUGGCACCGGAUGCAGAUGAUGCCCGUGCUCUUGCGAAUGAAUCUUUGGCUGUGGCGAAGUCGACCCAUUUCCAACGCAGUGUCUUGGUCGACAUCCCGGCAGUGCACCUUGAUUUCGUACCGCUAGAUCCCGAGGACAUUCUCUGCUACAUCUGGCGGGAGCUCGAGCUCGAGCUCCACCAGCUCCAGCUUGCCAAAUCCCAAUCCCAGCAGGAAGGCACAAAUCAAGGCGAGAGGGAGGAGCAGCAUGUUCAUUGGCGUAGCAAAACAAAAUGGGAUAUUGACGACGAAAGAUGGGAGGCGAUUCAAGAAAUCCAUAGAAAUAUCGGAGGAAUGAAGUUUUACGACAAUUUUGAAAAGAUCGAGAGUGAGGUUCGGCAAAUGAAGCGCGGCCAGCUGCAGCUAAACGCGGAACGAGAGAGGGAGGUGCGACAAAAAGUCGCCGAAAAACCCUUAGGCGUACUCCUCCUGCUGCUGAGCUACUCAUCAGCUGCUGCUGCUGCGGACGAACAAGACCAAGUAAGGAAGGAAGCCAUGCCUAAAUUAGCAGCAUUGUACGACGACAUCAUCAAGGAAACAGCCAACAAGCUCAAACAACUUAUGGAAGUAGAAGAAGCAGCAGGCGCAAACCAGCCGCGCCCGAUUCGCCUCGACAACCAAGACCAAUAUGAACGCAUCCUGAGUGAUGUGUUCCCGAAGACCAGCGACAGCAAGCCCCAGGAGCAAGACAGAUCGGCGGCCAACGAAGAAAUUAAAACUACUACAUUGGCCGAGGAUCAAAUCAAAGUAAUGAUCCGCAGGGCUAAACAAGAAAUCCUACGAGAGCUACAGGAAGACAAAUCUGACAAGGAACAAGCGACAGGUAAACCGGGUGGUCUGGUUCAAAACCCGGAAGCUGUUAUUGAAGAGGCGACGGCGAAGAUUGAAACAAUCGAGGAUCAAAUCCCGAAAGCGGUUAUUGAAGAUACCAUAGAGAAGAUCAAACAAAUCCAAUGGAAGAUUGAAGAAUUGAUGGAGAAAAAAGGGAUCGUUGACAAGAUUAAAGAUCAUUUGGAAGAUGCAAGGAUCCUGAUCAUCCUCAAAACCGAUGAGGACUAUGAAUUGGGAUGGGAGGAGACCAGAAAUGCUUUGAGCCUGUUGGGCUGCGUCGCUGGUGCAGUGAUCGUGACCGCUUCAAAGAACACUCAACAGGCCAAAGAAUAUUGCAAUCCACUGCGGGAGCCUUUGGACUGUUCUCUUGUUGGCUUCUACCAUGAUAUUGUGCUCACGCUUACGGGCCACCAGAUGCAUGAAGACAUUUCCCAGAUUUUUCGCGGCAUAUUGGACGAGUGUAAGCCACAUGAAUUCUGCAUGAAGAUCUUCGCUCAUGCUUUGUACGCCCACCCCAAGAUGAGCAAAGAAGAGCUGCGCAAGCUGCACAGCACCCUGCAAGCAUUUCCCAAAAAAAAUAGCACCCUGAAGGUGUCUUCCCCAAAAUCAUUGGGCAGCAUUGCUAAGAAGAUGCUCAAGUUCUCCUACAACCACCUUCCUAAAGAAUACAAGUCUUGCUUAUUGUACCUAGCUAUCUUCCCUCGAGGACACAAAAUCAGGCGGUCAACCUUGAUAGGACGAUGGGUUGUAGAAGGACUGAUAACUACGGAAGACUGGCGCUGGUCCAGUUCAGUGCGCCAAGCCAACCAAUGUUUUGACGCACUCAUCGACCGAUGGCUUGUUUAUCCUGCUGAUAUUGGUGCUACAGGAAAGGCCAAGAGCUGCACAGUGGGUGGUCUAGUUCAUGAAUUCAUUACCAAGAUCGCCAAGAAACAGCGCACAGUGGAGACACGCUUGUCACAUCACUUGGCUCGCCACUUCUCCAUUUUCAAUGACCUCCAUCUCCGUGCCUCUGAUACAAUCGAUAAGUUCUUUACACAGAGGCCUAGAUCAUCCCAAGUGUCCCAGCUCAAGGUGCUAGAUCUAGAAGGCUGUCGUUUCUUCAAGAAGAACAGGCACUCCUUGAAGCACAUCUGCAGCAAGAUAUUACUACUCAAGUAUCUAAGCCUAAGAAGAACAGAUGUUACCCAGCUGCCCAAUGAAAUCAACAACUUGCGUGAGCUGGAAGUAUUGGAUAUCCGGCAGACCGAUAUACCAGCGCCUGAAACUAGAAAUGUCAUGCUCCUAAAGCUAAAGCGUCUGCUAGCUGGUCACAUUGAUGGGGUCUCCAGUGUCUGGAUUCCUGAAAAGAUCGAGAAAAUGGUACACAUGGAGGUACUGUCCAAUGUCAAGCCACGGAAUAAUCAAGAUUUGAAAGACAUUAGAAAGUUAUGGCAGCUUAGGAAGCUCGGUGUGGUUAUUGAUGACAAGAACCGUCACUUUUGGAAUUUGUUUCGAACAAUCAGUGACCUGCAUGAGUGCCUCCAGUCUCUGUCAAUCACUCUUCCUACAACCAUAUUCGAGGGCACUCCUCCCAUCAAAGAGUUUCCAGAUAAUAUGCGCACUCGCUUGAAAUGCUCUCCCAAGCUUCUUGAGAACCUAAGCAUCAGUGGAACCACAGAAAGGGGGGCUCUUCUUCAAUUGUUGGUCAAAGAUGGUGGUGGUAAUCAACUUAAGAAGGUAACUCUAACUCGCACCAGACUGAACCAGAAUGAUCUGCAGGUCCUCGCCAACCUUCCCAUGUUACGCUGUGUCAGGCUCCAAGACAUUAUAUGCACCGAGGGAAACCUCACCUUUAAGAAGGAUGAAUUCCAAAUUCUCAAAUACUUGGUUGUUGAGGGAUCCAACGACUUGACUGAAAUCACUUUUGAAAUUAAAGCAGCUCCUGAGCUUGAAAAGAUUGUUUUGUCCAUGACGGGCUACUUGAAAUCUCUUUCUGGAGUCGAAAGCCUUCCAAAACUGGAGGAGCUCGAGUUGAAGAAGAAUAGCAGCAGGUUGCUUUUAUUCUUUGAUAAGGCCAAACAAAUAGGCAAGGUGACUCUUCGGAAUACCUUUAUGUGUGAAGGUGAUCUACAAAUCCUCGCUAAGAAUCCAAACAUGCACUGCCUAGAACUCUUGGACAAGUCUUACAACGAAAGCAAGCUUACCUUCAAAGAGAGCGACUUUCCAAAUCUCAACAUUCUUGUUGUUUACUGUUCUACCAUUACCAACAUCAGCUUCACUCGUGGAUCUGCUCCUAUGCUCAAGAAGAUCACCUGGUCAUUCACCAACAUGGAAUCUCUCUCUGGCAUCGACAAACUUCUGAGAUUGAAGGAGCUCGAGCUCAUCGGUGAUCGCAUUCCUAAUGAGGUGGAAGAAGAGAUUAAGAAGCAUGAAGACAGAUAUUAUUUUAAACACAGGAAACCAGGAAAUCAAGACGAAGCAACAGGAAAUGAAGAGGACGAUGACGCAAGAUUCCCCUUACUCUGUUGGAAAAGGAACAAGGUUUGACACUUGAGGAGCAUCUCCUUUCAUUCAUUCAUGAUCGAGUCCCAUGGUGUGGUUUAAUUUGUGUUUGCUCGUGUGGUUUGCCAUUCUGUGUUUCUGUCUCUGCAUGUGUGUUAAUUGAGCGUGUCUGGUUACUUAUGCCCUAUAUGUGUGCCUUGUGAUGGUGGUUGAGCAUAAUGAUUGUGUCUAUGCUCACGGAUUUGGAUUUGUGUAGCUUUCCUCUGGACCAUGCAUCAUGCUGCGUGCAUGGUUUCAUGUAAUAAGUGCGAUGCUUGUGCGCACAUUUGACUUCUUAUCAAUGUAUUGUGUGCUAUAUUA